GAAAUACACCCAAUAUUUUGUCAUUAAAAUUUUACGGAGCAUUAGGAGUAUAAACCGUUGACUUCUCCGUUUCUUCUCUGGUCGUGCGCGGACAGAACAGGAGAGGAGAGAAGAGCCAGAACCGUUCCAGUCAACCUUCUUCUUCGCUCAUCUGUGCCGGCUCCGUCGUCGUCCGCAUCGUACCUUUCGUGGGCGACGAUCGACGAUCAUACUUUGAGAUCAAGGUACGACUGAACCCUUUCUCCAUUCUAGUUCAAAUAAUUCUCCAGAGUUCCUAGGUUUUCUUGCUUCAAUUGAUUUCAAAAAUUUAGGGAUUUAGACUUCCGGUUGUGCUAAGUUUUGUACAGAACUUCAAUUGAGGUUUGGAAUCUCUCAAAUUAUUUCAUAGUCCAAUCUGUAGAAAGGUUAAUUUCAUUAAUUGAUUGUGUGGGAGUACAUGUCUAUAUAUACACAAGUAUUCCUAAUCCUAUACAAGGCCAUAAAGACCUUUCUUGAGCCGGAAAACAUGAUGAGGAUUGCUGCGGUCCUGAGCCAUUUUGACGUCCGCGACCUCGACCCCGAUUUCCGCCGCCAUAGCCUUGGCCUUGUCCGUAGCCUCCACGUUGACCGGAGUUGCUGUCACCAUAGCACGUUCCGCCAUAGCUGCCGGGAGUACCGCCAUACCACGGAGCAUUUGGAGAACGAGUUGGUGUUGGGAGACUGGUGCAUCGACAUUGUCCAGCCAGUUGGCAAGAUUCUGCAGUUGUUGACAAUAAGCUGCCAUGGUGGAGUUGCCCUUGAUUGUGGUACGAAAUUCAUGCUCCAACUGCAUGGCCCUGGCAUGUUUGUUGUCGUGGAACAAAUCGUGGACGACUUUCCAGAGAGCAGAGGCAGUAGAAACAGAGGAGAUUACCAGAUUGGAGACCUCAUCGGUGAUGGUAGAGAGAAUCCAACCCUGGAGGAGAGCGUCGAGUUGGAACCAUUCGUCGUCGUCAUCAGAGAGGGGGGCGAUAGAGCCAUCGAUGUAGCCUUGGAGAUUGAACCGUCGAACCAGAAGGAGGAACAGCCGACUCCACUUCUUGUAAUUAGGUUGAGAGAGGCUAAGUUGAACUGGAACAUGGAGUUUCACGUUGGAUACAGUUGUGAAAGCAAGAUGUGGGGGUUUGGAGGAGAGAUUUUGAGAGGUGACCUCGCUAACUUCGGCCAUGGUGAGGGAGAGAUGAAGGAGAGGUUGCCGGUUGGGAGGUGGGGCGUCACCGCUGGUUUGGGAGCCGCAGGAAGAGGCGGCGCAAGGAGGAGGGGGGCGGCGGGACUAGGCCGAGAGGGAGAGGAGAAAGAGAGGUAAAUUAGGGUUUUGUGAUUUUAGGCUCCGAUACCAUGUCUAUAUAUACACAAGGAUUCCUAAUCCUAUACAAGAGAAUAAAAGGGUAUCAUCUCUUCCUCAAACUCAGUCUCUUGUUUCAUACAAAACCCCUUUCGCCUUUGAUUUUUUUGAAGUCGCGGCUUUGAAAAAAACAAUGUCAUCCCUUCUCAAGGAAAUAGCAGAUUUAUCAAAAUCUUGUGGCAUUGAAGAAGAUUUUUUUUUGUAUAGAUUCAAAAUCCCCAUUUUUAUUUAUAAAAUGAGAUAUUGUAAAACUAUUAAGCACUCAAUAAAAUUCCUCAAUUUUG